ACUUCGUUAGGCGUUGGUUAUUUAAAAAAAUAAAUACCAUUAGUACGCUUUAUUGUAUUAUUGUAUAUUAUUUAUUAUUUAAAUUAACUAGUCAAAAUAGACAAAACGAAUUCGGCUAAAUGUGUCUAUGGAAGACACUUAUCAUCAGUAUUCAGUAUGUUAUCGGCGCGGUUGCGCUGUGCCCACUUAUAAGUACAUAAUUAAUAUUGAUCGCCAAACGCCAGGAUAUUAUCGUUAAAAUAAUAAUUAUUGUAAUAAUUUGAGUGCUCGUAUAAAUAAAAAUGAUAAUCACUUGCACAAUUAACGGUGAAAUGUGUCGAUGUAUUUCGAAUUUUAAUAAAAAAAAUUGCUGAAAAAAAGUUUUUAAUAAUUUUCAACAACUAUAACGGAGGCAAAAUGAACGACACUUCGGAAUCAAAUUAUGAAAUGCUAAAAGCCAUAUACGAUUAUGAAGAUUCGUCGUCUAAAACGACACUCAAUUUCAAAACCGACGAUGAGUUUUAUAUUUACAGAGAUGUCGCCGAUAAAAAAAGUUGGUGUUUAGUUAUUAACGCCCACGGUGAACUCGGAUACGUGCCAUACACCUAUGUAAAAACUAUUUACGUAAAAGACACUCAAGUGUUAAAAUUUUUGGAAAGUUGUAUUGUUGUGAUUCGAGAAGAAAUCGACAAAGGUGAUCAGUCGUCCGAAAGGGUCAAAAUAUUUGAAACAUUAAUGAAGCGACAGAAGAAAUUUAAACAGAAAAUGUUACACAACACCUUAGAUACACCCGUGUCUCAUAAAUCCGACGACAAGAGCGUUCAAACCGAGCCUGAGGACGCAAUCCAAAACGUUUCUAGUUCCUUACAAUCAACCAAAAUUACUAUUCCAGAUAUUUACGAAAUAGUGCAACAAGUUAGAAAUCACACUGGGUUAUCCUAUAACCUUUCUCAAGUGGCCGUGUCGGUCGUUACUCAGUAUUUGUCCGAGCUGGUUUGUGAACGAGCCAAAUCAAACUUAGAUUCGGUACGUGACGUAUUAGAUGCAUUUCCACCGACCAUCGACAAAUUGCCCGUAGAAUGUUUGGAGAACACAAAAGACGGGCAAAGCAUGCAACAGCUUUUAGAAUAUCUGUCGGAAGCCAAAGAAGAUUCACAGCAACGUUCGUGGCAAAUUUACGACGAUCACGUACAAAUCGAAGACUGCUUAGUCAAACUCGGCGGUAUCUUGAAAAACGCCGAUCCUCUGGUGAUAAACCACGUUUUAAAAGUCGACCAGUUUAGAUCCGUCAGUAAUCUACUCGAUUACUAUCAAAUGGAACUACGCUGGGCGAUUCGUAAACGGCUACUGGAAGUGUUUACGCAGCUGUGCAAGUUGAAUUACGUCGUGGUCGAUAUUGUUAUUAAUUCGGUACUUCCGAUGGAACUGGCGAGAGAGAUGCAAAACGACGUUGACGACGACGAUAAAAAAAUGUUGCUCGCCGAGUUUCUCACGUUGGUGUUAUCAGUUGGCGAGACUCUGCCGAUAAUUUGUUUUGAGUACAUGAAUUUGGACUUUGUCACAAAGAUCUUACGCGACAUUGAAAACGUUGAAUCGAAAAUCAAUAUCGACGAGAAAAAUGUCAACUGCAUGAUCAACUUGUUGUUGUCUUACAAUCUUCAGUUUUCACACACCGAGGCCAACGUCGUACUGAAUAGUUUGUCCACGAGAGAUAACGCCAAAGUGCUUACUGAAAAUCUAUUGCUGUUGCUCAACACUGAAAAAGACCCGGUGAAUAUUUUGGAUUUGAAGAAAAAAACGAAAAAUUCCGUGGUGAAAAUGUUGAACGACAUGUUGGCCGAUCCUAAGGUCGCCAAACUUUUUUAUGUCAACGAUAUUGAAGUUUUAGUCGAUAUCGUUAUUCGUUGCUUGUUGAAUAUACCGGCCGAAGAAGAGAGCCGUACUUCAUAUUUGGAACUUUGUAAGAACGUGAUUUUCAACACUGACUACUUAGAACGAGGCCACAAAUUGUCGGACCUAAACGAUUGUCUAAAAGAAAUCGUCUCGGACGACAACUCGUGCACCAAAGAACAAGACUUGCGUGUCAUCAAUGAAAUCUAUUCGAAAUACCCCGAGUCGUUCAAUUAGUUAAUUUACCACGCUUAAACGUUAACGAUCGUUAUUUCCGCGUAACGUUCAGACUUUAUAUAUCUUAAUCUAAUCUAAGUACCUACGCUGUUAUAUUAUAUUAUCGUAAUACAUAUUUUGAUUAUCGAAGUGCCAAACGUAUUAAUAGGCUUUUUUUAUUUCGUUAUUUACUAUAUUUUUUUUACUUAUUCGAGAAAUUUAAUUUAAUCGUUAGCUUUCGUGCGUAUUAAGUAGCGACCAAGUAAUUUUACUAUAUUGUGGUACUGUUUUAUUUAAUAUUGUAGUACAAAUUUCACAUUCAUCGGACGUCCUACGAUACUAUUAUUAUUAUAAUUGUUAUUAUUUAUACUAUAAUUUUAUAAAAUAAAAUAUUAUACCCCCCACCUAGUCAUUUGUAACCUAAAAUCACUGUUUUUUUGUUACGUUAAAUAAUAAUUUAACCAUCACAUAAUAUUAUACUAUGUUGUAACCGUUUGCCUAAUUAUAAGCUUUCUGUUACGUGUUUGUUUUAUAUAAUAGUUUA